AUGGUUGGCAUCGGCGAAACAGUGGUUACGACCACGUUUUGUCUGAAGGUGGAGGCUGCAAUAGAGCAUUGCAAUGGUGAGACUGGCGGCGAGCGACGUUUGCCGAACCAUAAUUUAUUCCAGCAAAUGUGCGAUGUGAUUGCCGGAGUUCACGAUGGGAAGGUUGGGAUCAAGAAGUGUGGAUUGCACAUGGAGAAUGAGGGCGUGACGAUUCUCGCGUUUGAGUUGGACCCACAGAGUGCUCUUGCCGUUGCGCCUGGCAGUGACGUGGAAGGCUCCGUGGUUUUGGCGAUCGAAGCCCUCGCUGGAGUGCAAACGGUGCAUCGUGUGAGCAAGAUUGAUUGA